UUCUGUUUUAGAUUCCUCCCCUACUAAUGAUUAUACUUAUGACUAUAACACACCUUCUACAUUUUCAGCUCUUCAAUAGAUAUACACAAUCGUUUAUCAGAUUCAUCAGAUUAUUUGCUAUUAAAUGUCCCUUAUUUUCUAGUUUUUCUUGCAAACUCUAGACCCGGAUUUAUUUUCUUUCUGCAAAAUCGUGAGUUUUUGUAAUUCUAAGGAAGCGAAUUCAACAUCUAGCCCAUCAUCAAAAUACAUACCGAAAUUAGCUGUGACAUGCGAACAUGAUGUCGUUUCGCCUUUGAAGACAAUUACUUUUGGAGCAAACAGGGGAAAGAAAUUUUAUGAGUGACAAUUGUAAUUUCUUUUUAUGGGAGCAUGAUGCAAAGAAGAUGGAGAAUGUUAUGCCAAUGGAUGCUGAAAAAAUCACAUUUUUGAAGGAGAACGAAAAGCUUAUAGAGGAGUUGGACAAAAUGAAACUUGAGAACAAAAUGCUGCUGGAAAAAAAUUGUAAACUUAGAAUGAAGAAGUUUUUAGAAGUUGAAGGUAGAAGGGCAUCAAGUGCAGAUAAAAAUGCUAUGAGGGUUGUUGUUUUAUCAUGUUUUUCAUUGUUAUUGUACUGUCCAUUUUGGUUGGUAGGAUGUCAGAAUUGUAUCGGUGUGUUCUUUUUUUUUUGGGUGAACCAACAGUAUGCUUACAAUUGCCAUGAACAAGUGUAGUUAGCUUUUGAAAAUCUUUCACCUUUGAAGUGAAAUGCUAAAGUUGAAGGAAGAUGAGAAUACUCCUAGUGUAAUCUAUGUGUGGUAGCCCUUAUGUGUAAUCUACAAGUAGUGCCUUUUGGUCAUUUUUUGUAUAAUCAUUAUUGUAAUCUUGUUGUAUUUUGUUCUAUAUGAGUUCUCUUGCAGCUAAAGAUUGGAAUUGUUAUUGUCAAA